ACCCAACCAAAAUCGAAGUCAAGAUUGAAGAUAAAGAAGAACUCGAAGAAUCUCGCCGCCGCCCCGCCGCCGCCGCCACCUUCAAUCCCACCGGAGCUACCUCUCUCCUCCACCACUUCAACAACUCCUCCUCCUCCGCCACCAACUCCAAAUCUCACCGCAUAGGCCUCUCCUCUUAAUCAUCAUCACUAGUUUUACCUUUUUAUUCCUGCAGUUUCUGAGAAUCUCUUAACAGAUCCAAACCCUAAUCCACCAUGGAAGUCGAGGUGAAGCUCCGCCUGCCCGAUUCCGAAACCUACAAAACCAUAAUCUCUCUCCUUUCCCCUUUCCACAUCAAAACCCACAAUCAACACAACAAUUUCUUCGACGGCGUCGACGGCCAACUCUCCGUCCACCGUGCAAUCCUCCGCCUCCGCUUCUACAACGACCAACCCACCACCAAAUGCAUCAUAUGUCUCAAAGCCAAAGCUGUACUCGUAGACGGCGUGAGUAGAGUCGAAGAAGAUGAAGAAGAGAUCGAUCCGUCAAUUGCUCAAGAAUGUUUAACCGAUCCGUCUCGAUUGGGGUCUCUAGUAGAAUCUUCAAGAAUCAUGAAAAGGGUAAAAGACGAAUUCUUUCAGGAAACUAACGAUAACGAUGGAUUAGGGUUUGUGGGUUUGGGUGGGUUUAGGAAUUUGAGGAAUGUGUAUGAGUGGAAAGGGUUGAUGAUUGAAGUGGAUGAAACAAGCUUCGAUUUCGGUACAUUAUAUGAGAUUGAAUGUGAGAGCAACGAGCCAGAGAAAGCUAAAGAAUUGAUUGAAGAAUUCUUGAAGGAGAAUGGGGUUUCUUAUUCCUAUUCAGUUGCUUCAAAGUUCGCAAUUUUUCGAUCUGGGAAGCUGCCAUAGUUAUGGCAAAUGGGACCGAGAGCACAAAGAGAUCAGUAGCAACUAUUAAUAAGUUCUGCAUGCCGGAAUGAAUUGCCCCAGACCAUGUUAUCGCAUCCGGAAGCAAUAUUAACUCUCGCCAUUCUCGAUUUCAUAUGGCAUAAAAGACGAGAUACAUUUGUUAUCAAACAAAACAUGUGUUUUCGACAUCGGUUGGUCUUUUUUCUAAGGUUUCGGAUUAUCUCCAUGAAUACUACUAAUAUUAAGGGCAUGUUAGUUUGGCAACUA